CCGGCAAUGCUACGACCUCCUGGUGAUCGGCGGCGGAUCCGGCGGCCUGGCCUGCGCCAAGGAAGCCGCCCAGCUGGGGAAGAAGGUGGCCGUGCUGGACUACGUGGAACCUUCCCCCCGAGGCACCAGGUGGGGCCUUGGCGGUACCUGCGUGAAUGUCGGCUGCAUCCCCAAGAAGCUGAUGCACCAGGCGGCGCUGCUGGGGGGCAUGAUCCGCGACGCCCCCCACUAUGGCUGGGGCGUGGCCCAGGCCCCGCACGACUGGGCGACGCUGGCGGACGCCGUUCAGAACCACGUGAAGUCCCUGAACUGGGGCCACCGCGUCCAGCUGCAGGACAGGAAAGUCAAGUAUUUUAAUGUCAAGGCCAGCUUUGUCGACACGCACACAGUUUGCGGUGUCUCCAAAGGUGGGGAGGAGACUCUGCUUUCGGCCGAGCACAUUGUCAUCGCCACCGGAGGUCGGCCGCGGUACCCCACGCACAUCGAAGGUGCCUUGGAAUAUGGGAUCACGAGCGAUGACCUCUUCUGGCUGAAGGAAUCCCCUGGGAAAACGUUGGUUGUUGGGGCCAGCUACGUAGCCCUGGAGUGCGCGGGCCUCCUCACCGGGCUCGGCUUGGACACCACUGUCAUGAUACGCAGCGUGCCCCUCCGGGCCUUCGACCAGCAAAUGGCUUCGCUGGUCACCGAGCACAUGGCUGGCCAAGGCACCCGGAUCCUGCGGGGCUGCGCCCCCGAGAGGGUAGAGAAGCUCCCAGGCCAGCAGCUCCGCGUCACCUGGGUGGACCUCACCUCGGACCGGAAGGACGUGGGCACCUUUGACACGGUGCUCUGGGCCAUAGGCUUUUUCUUUGCAGCGGGCUCUUGCCAUUCACCUGUGUCACGUGGGAGCCUCUAGCAUCGGGGGAAGCAAGCCUGUGGGUCCCAGCCAACCCCCUCUGGCCGACCCCCAUCCUGAAGGCCCCAGCCACUCUGAGCACUGUCCCCACGCUGGUGCGCACGUAGACUGCAGCCCGGGAUGAAGGCUGGCCCAAGGAGACCGUGCCGGGCCCGAGGGGCCGAGGUUGGCUGCGGCCGGGGCCCGUCCAAGGCCUCCACCCGGAGGCUGGAGGUCUGAGCAGUGAUGCAGCCCGCUGGGGCAGCCACCCGGCCAGCCCCCGGAACCGCAUCCUGCUGCGGCUGCAGGACACCCGAGUGGGGCUCUCUUCUCCAGGUGGGGGCCCCACCAUAGCCUGACCGGGCCUCCAGCCUGGGCCCCUGCCCAGCCUCCAGCGCCGCGCCCAGGACUGACCGUGUGGCCUCCCCGGUUUGUCCAACCACAGCCCGCGCUCACCUGUCAUGCCCCUGCCGGCCCUGAAGUCCACCCUUGUCGCGGGAUGCCCUGCGCACCAGCACGUGGGCUCCAUGGAGGCGGGAGGUUGCAGGGAGGCCCGUCUUCCUGUGACGGGGCACGUCUGCUCCUCUGCGUCCCCGGGUGCGCGGAGCAGGUCACGACAGCCAGCAGGUGGUUCCCUCAGUGCCACCAGAGGAGGCUGGCCUGGCCCAGCCCACCAAGAGCUCUGUCCUGGGUGGUCAUCCAAGCUGCGAGGGUCAUGAGGUCCCCCUGAGGGACUCUGGCCAGCAGGCGAGGGGCAGCCCCAAGGCAGGGGGGCUGGGGUCUCAGUGCGCUCAUUUGUUGCAACCGCGGUAGCAAGUCACGCAUGUUCCAAGGAAGACGCUCACGGGAUCAUAUAAAUGGACAAAAAAGGCCGGAUCAGUCAUUCUCAGGAGGAAGCCCAGCUCGCUGACAUGUGGCCAAAGGACACUGCGUUUUACUACUCAUUGAAGAAGCGCACGUUGAACCUUCACAGCUCCCCACCCUGACAAGGAGCAGAGUGCAGAGCAAGGGGGCCGCCUGUCUGGAAGGGCCUCCCCCAGGGACCAGCUGCCAACCCCACGCCGGGGUGAGGAGCGGGCGGCCUGCGGGCUGGAUGGGGCGGCGUGUGAGCCGUCACUGGGGAGGACUGCCUGCCCUUGGGGAGGCCAUGGAGGAUGGCAUGACCACUGCCAUUCAAGCCCAGCCUGGUCCAAGCGGGCGUCCGAGCAGCCGGCCGCUGGGCCCCCCGCCCCACCCGUUCUCCGUCUCCAUCUGCCUCUGGGGCUCCAGGCCUGUUUGACGGGGAGCGUGACCCCCGGCUCGGAGAACACGGGGCAGUGCGGCGGAGGCCGGGGCCCGUCCACCCUCUGUGACCCCUGUCCAGGGCCUCCCUUCCUCCACUGUCGGUCCUGGAAGCGCGCCACCCGGCAUUGUCCAGCGCUAUUCUCUGUACCCGUGGCCUGGCUUACACAUUCCACAUACUUUCCCACUUACGUAGGCAGCACGUCCUAUAAAAUCCUGGUUUCAAAAUGGA